UUAUGAGUAGUGGUAGUAGUAGAUAUUAGUAUCUCCAAGCGAGAGGACCUCUGGAUUUAAGUUUGUUGCUGGUUACCUAAGAGACCAUGCUUUUACAGUUAUAACAUAGCAAGAGUGUUUCAACAUCGUGUGAUAUUUAGUGCAUUAUUAUAUAUUUUUGUAAUUUGUGAGAUGUCAUAGUACAGAUUGAUUGACUUUUUUACAAGUAUGUAUUUUAUCCUAAUGAAGGGAUUGUUAUUGUUGAUAUUACUGGGGUGCUCACGGCAUUCCCUUGCUGCACGACAGAGAUCAAACGGAGCAUGCACUGGCACGAAUUAUGGACGUUCCGUGGUACAGGACCCUGAGCAGCGGUACAACAUCUUGAAAACACUCUACACUAAUUGUACUUACAUCGAGGGCAAUCUAGAAAUUUCAUACCAACAAGAUACAGAUAAGGAUUUUUCAUUUUUGAAAGACAUCCGCGAGGUGACAGGUUAUGUUCUUAUUUCAUUAUCGCACUUGCGAUAUGGGAUGAUGCCGAAUCUCCGCGUUAUCCGAGGAACCAAACUAUUAGACGGAAAUGCUCUCUUUAUUAGUCAUAACUAUAAUCAAGAAAAUAAAGAUAUUGGUCUUCAUGAACUGCAAUUCCGGUCCCUUCAAGAAAUAAUACAAGGAAAUGUAACAAUUGUGUCGAAUAAUCGCCUUUGUUUUGUGGAUACCAUCGAUUGGGAUGAUAUUAUAUCACCCGGUGCCAACGUUACAAUUGAAUAUGAUAACACAGCUCCGCAAAGAGAUUGUCCACCAUGUAACAAUAGUAAUGGAGGAGGCUGUUGGGGUGAAGGACCAGAGAACUACCAACAAUUGACCAAACGUAUCUGCGAUGGAACUUGUGACUAUCGUUGUCGUGGAAACACUGCCGCUGAUUGUUGUCAUAAGAGCUGUGCUGCUGGAUGUACUGGAUCACUCAACACUGAAUGUUUGUCAUGUCGCAAUUUCACCAAUGGGAAUGAGUGUGUUGAGUCAUGCCCGCCAAGAUAUGUGUACGACCCAUUAAGUUACAAAAAUAUAGAAAAUUCCAAGUUCAGAUAUUCCUAUGGUGCCCAAUGUAUAAAAGAAUGCCCAAGUAACUUUCUGACAGAAAGCGAUACAUGUGUAAAGCAAUGUGAUGAUGGAAAAGAAGAAAAGGAUGGGAUAUGUGUUGAUUGUGAUGGACCUUGUCCUAAAACUUGUGAAGGUUUGCAAAGUUCAGAAACCUUGAGUGCUAAGAACUAUGAUAGCCUUAAAGGUGGCUGUACAAUCAUCAAGUUUAAUAUAAUCAUUGGUGUAAUUACAUUUCUUGGGGACCCUUUGGAAAAUAUAGAGCCCCUGACCAUGAAAGAUUUGGAGAUAUUCAGGACCGUUAAGGUCAUCAAUGGGUUUCUGUCCGUUCAAGCAAUGCAUCCAGGGCUGACCAACUUGUCAAUGUUUGAGAACCUAACCGAAAUCAAAGGACGGGAACAUUACAGUGCUACACAAGAUACACUUCACAUACAGCAGAGCACGCUAGAAUUUCUUGGUCUGACCUCUCUGAAAAGUAUUUCAGAUGGCAAUGUUAGAAUCAGGUCAAACAAUCAACUUUGUUAUGUAAACAAAUCCAUGUGGACCGGCCUUUUGAAUGAUGCAACUGAUCAGAAAGUAAGAAUUGGCCAAAAUAAGGAAGAGAAAGAUUGUAGUGCAGAAGGCCGAGUUUGUGAUCAGCAGUGUGUGGACAUAGGCUGCUGGGGCCCUGGUCCAGAGCAGUGCGUCAAAUGUCAAAACAAAAAGAUAGGCAAUAAAUGUGUCGAAGAUUGUGACUAUGCAAAUGGUGAGUACUAUGCAGGAAAUGGGACAUGUGAAUUCUGUGAUGAGGAAUGCGUCGGUGGGUGUUUUGGACCGGGUACUGACAAAUGUAACCAGUGUAAGCAUUUUAAAGACGGUCCAUUUUGCGUACCAAAAUGUCCAGAAGUGAAAUACAGCAAUGGUUCAGGCAUAUGCCUACCAUGCCAUGAGAAUUGUGUUAAGGGUUGUAAGGGACCUGAAAACACCAUCGGAACAAAUGGCUGCAAUGCUUGUGCUAAAGUGAAAUUGGACCGGGAAGACAACCUGAUUGAGUGUUUAACUGGUGGUGCUUUUGGAAUCAACAAAACUUGUGAUGAAGGUUAUUUUUAUGAAAGAAAGUCAUUCAAAGGCUCUGAUACAGCAACCCAGAUUUGUCAGGAAUGCCACUCGGAAUGCCGCAACUGUACAGCAAAAGGAAGCUAUAAUUGCGACUCGUGCAAGAACUUUAAGCGUAAAGGCGAGUGUGUGUCUAAGUGUGAAACACAUGAAUAUUUCAACGAUAAAUUUGAAUGUCAAAAUUGUGAUCAUAAAUGCAAAGAUGGGUGCAAAGGACCAACAGCCAGGGACUGUAAAUCAGAAUGCACACAAUAUAAGAUAAUGAUAAGCGAGGAUUCGUUUGAAUGUGCAGCACAAUGCUCUGAGGAGUUCCCUUUUCAGAGUUCACCGUACAUUUGUGUGUCCAACUGCUCCGAAAACAUGUUUCCUAACGAUAAAAACCUGUGCAGAAAUUGCCACUCUGAAUGUAUGGGUGGUUGCUUAGGUGAUCAGAGGAAAGAUUGUUUAGCCUGUAAGAACUUCAAUCAUAAUGGGGAAUGUAGGGAGACCUGUCCAACAGGAAGUGUUGAAGAUGGAAAUAUUUGCCGGAAGGUUGAUUUGUCGACUACAGGCAAAAGCACUGAUACACCAAAGUCUGGUUUGUCAUCUCCAUUGAUAAUUGGUGUCAGCUUUUCGAUUGUGUUAGUAAUGAUGGUGGUAUUCUUCAUUGGAUACGCUUUCUACAAGCGAAAAUACAGGGACAAUAUGAUGGAUCUUCCCACAACACUUGCCAUUAAACAAUUGGAACACCCAGAAGAAAAUGAGCCUUUGACCCCAAGUGGUGUUGCCCCAAAUCAAGCACAGUUGAGAUUAAUUAAUGAAAAUGAAAUGAAGAAAAUGUCCAAGCUUGGAAGUGGAGCUUUUGGUACUGUCUUCAAGGGUGUGUGGACACCAGACGGUGAAAAGGUGCGGAUACCCAUAGCCAUCAAGGUUCUCCAGGAGGGACUCACAGCCAAAGCUUCAGGAGAGUUGUUAGAGGAAGCAUAUGUGAUGGCGUCGGUAGAACAUCCUUGUGUAUUGCGAUUACUCGGCGUCUGCUGCGGACAGGAAAUGAUGUUAAUCACCCAACUUAUGCCAAUGGGGGCACUAUUGGAAUUCACCAGAGAACACAAGGGGCGCAUUAGCUCACAACACUUACUGUUAUGGUCUCACCAAAUUGCACAGGGAAUGGUGUACUUGGAAGAUAAACACAUCAUUCACAGAGAUCUGGCUGCAAGAAAUGUUCUCGUCCUUUCGCCAAAUCAAGUCAAGAUCACUGAUUUCGGUCUCGCAAAAUUUCUUGAGGUUGAGGAACAUGAGUACAAGUCAGAUGGAGGGAAGAUGCCGAUUAAAUGGUUGGCACUAGAAUGCAUAAUGUAUAGAAAGUUCACCCAUAAGAGUGAUGUCUGGAGCUUUGGUGUGACACUCUGGGAGCUUAUGACCUUUGGUCAGAAACCAUAUGAGCGUGUGAGGGCGCGUGAUAUGCCCGAGAUUCUGGAACGAGGCGAACGGUUGUCCCAGCCCCCGAUUUGCACAAUUGAUGUGUACAUGCUCAUGGUCAAAUGCUGGCUCUUGGAUCCAGAGAGCAGACCAACAUUCAAGCAGCUGUCAGAUGAAUUAGACAGAAUGGCAAAAGAUCCUUCAAGAUACCUUGUUAUACAGAAUGAUGGAGCGCAAACGCUUCCAAUGACGAGUAAAGAUGAUUUUUAUAAAAGCCUACUUAGUGAUGGUGGAGAGGCAGAUCCUAACUUGUUCAUGGAUGCUGACGACUACCUACAACCCAGUGUGUGCAAUACUGAUCCUGCUUAUCGCUUCCCAGAAGUGGAUGAUACGUUUUUUGAUGAGAAUCGAGAUUAUUUAAAUGAUGCUGUGACAAUUACUGGGGUGCCUUCAUCAGCCGUUUGCUAUAAACCCAAGGGCUUCCCACGUACUUCCACUACCAGUCUCAGGUACUCCCAGGACCCCACAGUUGCAAGUCAUUUACAGCGACAAAGAAGCAAUGCAAGUAAUGGAAGAAAUCCUCUUCCAUGUUCUGAGUAUCAGCCACUAAAUCAUGACAAUAACACUUAUCAACCAUUAAUAAGAGAGGAAGUAGAGCUGGCAGAUGAUGCUUUAGAAGAAGAAAAUUACCAGAAUACACCAACAAGAGGUGGCAGUGUGUCAGGUCCUGAGGAUUAUAUGCCUCUUAAGAACGGCCCAACCAUGGUGGGGAUGGAUAACAUGGAAUAUCACGCACUAUUACAAAAUGCACCUGGGCACUGGUCAAAACCAGGUGGUAUGAAUCGACAAAUGAGUACACCUGUCCAGCAAUCACCUUUGAAAUACCCACCUGUAAGAAAUACAAGUUUAGGAAGUAGCCAGCCUCUAUUGAACGGCCAGGUUGACUAUCAGAAUCUUGCUAACGCCUCUUCUGGUCACCAGGACAUUUUAUCGACCCCUAAGAGAUCCAGUAACGUUUCCCAAGCAACGAGCGAUGGCUACUUAUCGGAGCAUGACUACAUGAAUAGCGAGCCACCGCUCAGCCCCACUGAAUCAACAGUAUGAACAAACGGUUACCCUAAGCAGUAUAAAAACAUCAACCUAUGUAUAUAAAAUGUUUUGAAUAAUUUUUGAUGUCUAGAUAUUUAUUUAUGUAUUGAAUUGUUUUGAAAUGAAAUAAAGAAUUAUGCAACAUUUAUCCUUGCAUAAAUUUGUAGCAGUCUUCUGCUACAUACCCAGUGUGGUUUUCUGCUACAUACCCAGUGUGGUUAUCAUAAGUUAUUUACAUGUUUCUAAAAUCUGAAGUUUAACAUAUCGUUAGUAUAUGGUUCCAGCCGUGAAUGGGAGAUGCAUGGAAGCGCUGGGAAGGUGCAAGAAAGAGAUACAGUCUUUCAUGGCUUUACCUUUUUUGAAAAGAGAAUACAUCAACAAAUGCUGGGUAUUUGUUAAUCAUUCCAGUGGAAUAAUGUGUGUAGUAGAAAUCAACUGCAUAACAAAGUACAUUUAAGAUAACAUUGAUAUUUGUGUACCAAACUAGAUAUUAAAUACCAAAGUUAGAUGAAUAAUUGUGGCCUGAAAUUUUAAUGCAUUUUAUUUAAUAUUGUCUUGCUUUUUCAAUAAACUGUAUGUCUGUAGCAAAACACAGCUUUAUAUAAAUUAAAAAGGUGAGUGAAUAUGAUGAUUUUAAUGUGAAAGUGCUACGCUUUAAAUUAUUGUUUGUUUGCCUGUUAAAACACUUUUAUAAAAUCUUUUAAAGAGAUCAAAAUAUUUAUAAUGCUUCUGUAACCCCUAAAUUUAAGAACGUGUGUGUGUAUCAUUAUCAUUUGAAUAAUAAUAUAACAAAAUUGUACCCUGAAUAUUUUAGUUUAUAUGUAUAUGGGCCCAUAGGAAAGGUUGGUACCUUGUGAAUUAAUAUUAGUCAUAGAUUUAUACUCUCAGGGGUGGUUCAGAGAAAAAUCUGGGUAUGGGCAUGUGGCGUUCAAAGCACCGAACCAGGCGGGGGUGAGGAGAUGGGGUGGAUGCGUGGUAUAGCCAAUCAAUACAAGUACACAUAUUACAACCUCUAUAGAGGUGUUAUGCAGUGCUUUAGUACCACACUCUUCUUCCCUCUUUCUUGUUUUAUUUUUUUUUUCUUCUCGCUUUUGUUUUUUGGGGGGGGUGGGGAGCUCUAGCCCCCCCUGCAUCCACCCCUGACUUAAGUAAAGUAUGAGGAAGUCGAAAUGUGAUGAGACAAUGGGUGUGUGGUAGGUUCAUUCAGGACCCCCUCCUCUUUCCAGUGAUUCCUAUGGGUCUCUACAUGCAACCAUUUAAGUGUGUUUCUUGUACAGACAGAGAUGUAAAUACUUAAAUAUUUUCAUACAAAUUUCAGUUGUGCAUAUCCCUGAUAUAUCAUGGCAGUUUUCCCCUUCUUCCUUUAAUUCCUCAAUAACGGGAGAAAUGGUUUGUGGCUCGAAGGCAAUAUACCUGCUUUUUAAUGUUAGGCUCUUUGAGUAGUUAAAUCAGUCAAUGUUUUCAAUAUUGAAGAAAAUAUCAAUUUUCAAAAAAAAAAAUCAAUGUUUUAUCACAAAUUUUUACAUAAAAAUGAUGGGCAGCAUUUUAAUAAUAUAUUUUAUGAACAUAGGAAGUUAUUUGAAAUUCAUAGUUACCAUCAAAAACACUUUUGAGUGUAAUAGUAUGUUAUAUGAUUAUUUUUUAUACUAUAAUUACUAUACAUUAUUAUUACUAUUAUCAUACAAUGUACACUGUUGGUGUAUAUAUUGUAUAUAAUGAUGUAUAUGAUAUUUUGGUGAUUUAAAGAUACAUAUACACUAUAUAUUAGAGAUUAUAUUGUUUACUGGUAUGAUAUAUUUUAUGUUUUGUGCUAUUUCUGGUAUGCUUAUAAAUGCUUUGAAAGAAAGAAAAUUACCAGACUACUCCAACAAGAGGUGGCAGUAUAAGAUCCUGAGGAUUUUAUACCUCCUUACAAACGGCCCAAACAUGGUUUGGAUGAAUAACAUGGAAUAUCACGCACUAUUACAAAAUGCGCCUAGGACACCUGGGUACUGGUAAAAACUAGGUGGUAUGAAUCAACAAAUGAGUACACAUGUCCAGCAAUCACCUUUGAAAUACCCACCUGUAAGAAAUACAAGUUUAGGAAGUAGCCAGCCUCUAUUGACUAUCUUCUAAAAAAAUUGGCAAAAUACCUUAUUAUUAUUAUCAAUAACAAUUUAAUAGAAUCACAUAUUUUGAAGCUCAUCAUUUAGGCCCAGUGGAGUUGCAUUCAUUUCUCCACACACACACACAAACACACAUUAAUUUUUCCCACGAUGCAAGGUCAAAUAGUGAAGAUGUUUUAAUGAAAAUAAUCUAAUGAAACAACGUGCUGUAGACUUUUACCCAAUUUUUUAAAACCAGAUUUUUGAAAUAAGCCUAUGUAAAAAUGUAACUUCUAUUGGUGACGUACACACUCUGAAAAACAUUUGAAAGGCUGAUAGUGCUAUUUCCGAGCAUUUCACUGCCGUUUUCGAAAUACUGUGGUAAGGCUAAGGUUGGUUACUUAGCCGGUUGCUAAUUGCAUCCACCGCCCAUGUGUGAGUGAUGAGCAUAUUAUGCAUUAAUAUAUAUAUAUAUAUAUGUAUAUGUAUAUAUAUAUAUAUAUAUAUGUAUAUGUAUAUAUAUAUAUAUAUAUAUAUAUAUAUAUAUUACAAAAUAAAAUAUAUGAGUAAAGGGGUUUAUGUAUAGUACAAUAAACAUGCUGUAUACUAUACUAUAUAUGAUUCACAGUAUAUGUGAAUAUAUAAUAUUAUAUCUUGCACUAAAGUUCAUGGUUAUGUAACAUUAAUGAUAGGACCAUUUUAUGUAUUCAUUUAAGAAUGGAUGGCAAAUAUAUAUCAUUCCAUGUGUUCUAUUGCUUUAAUGAUUAUGCAUGUUACUUAAAAACGAUUGUUGUAAUGGUACUGUAUAUAGGAUUUGAUCAUUGUAUCGUUACUUUUUGAUGUUAUAUAAUGACAAGGGGUUAUAUUUACGAUUUUUGUUAUAUUAUUUCAAGCAUGUUCAUGCAGCAUGUUGUAUGCCAUAUAUGAUACGUUUAUAUGGCAACUGAUCUGUUGAUGUUGGAAUACAUUCCGUAGAGAACUUUUCCUUUUUGUUAUCUAUUACGAUAGUAAAAUUUGUAUGUAAAUUUUAAGUUGAAACGUGCUUUAUAUUUUAUGAGUUAAAAAGAUUGAAACCUUUUAAGUUGUAUUCAUUAAUGUUUUACAUAUACACUUUUAAAAAGUACUGUACUAUAUUUUUUAUCUUCAUUUUUAGCUCUUUUUCUCUCUUUUCGGAGUGCUUAAAUGGCCGUCUCACGCGCGUAUAACGUAACAGCUAGCGAGAUUAAUACAGUACAGUAACGUUACUUUCUCAAUUUGUGAAGCGCCCCCUAUUAUUUUAUUAAAGCCAUACUAAAGUAAUUCCGUGUGACACUUAAAACGACUACUUUUAAUCAAACUUAUAAUUUCUUGGGUUGAAGGGGAAUUUUUAUAUAUAUUUUGCUUUUCACACAUCUUCUGAAACUUUGUCUCCAAAAAUGGUAAUUAGCAUUUGAAUCCGAGUUCAUGGAAAAGCAUACUUUCAAACCAAAUACUUGUGUCUCUAUACAAAACAGAACUUCUACUCAAUUGUUUGCUUUGUAACUCUUCUACUCUAUGCUAUUCCCUCCAUGGUGCCGAUUAUGUGUUUUGUUUAUAUUCAUUGUGUACCGUAUUGUAAGUACAGUAUAAGAAACCCAAUUAUGUAUCUAAAUUGUAGGAGUAGUUGUUAAAUAAAACAAAUAGUGAACAUAAACUA